UAGGCAGAGAGGAUUUGCUUGCUGACAUGCUGGAGCGUGGCAGGGAGCGGGGGCAGCACGGCCGUGCCUGUUAGCAGCCACUUGCCUUGGGAGAGCUUCCCCAUUCUUCUGCUUCCUCGGAGCAGUGAGCUAGACCUGCUGCAGGCUGCUGGUGGGGAUGGGGACGGGGGGCUGAGGUGGCUCCCACCCUGCUCGGCGUGACCGACCCGGACGGAGCCGGCGCUUCCCGGCUGAGCCCGGGGGCUCCCGGUGCACCAUGAGUCUCUGGACAGGAGGCCGCAGCGGCCGCUGCUGGGGAAGUCCCGGACGCUGCCCAGCAUCCCGCAGUCGCCGCUGCUGAGCCGGCUGCCCCUGCUGGAGCCCGCAGCCUGCAGGGACGAGAUGCCCGAGCGGAAGCCCUACCAGAAGCCCUCGGCCUCUGAGCACCAGAAGGGCUGCACGGUCCCUUCUGCCGGGGAGGCCUGGCGGCUGGAGGACGACUGCUCGGAGCCCCCCCGGGCCGCCCGGCUGGGCACGGCGGUGCAGGACGCGCCCUUCAGCCACUUCCGCAGCCGCUCGUGCUACAUGAGGAAGAGCCUGUCCGUGGACAACCACCUGGGCUCGCUGAGCCGCGCUGCGCACCCGGCCGAGAGCAAGGCCGAGCGCGUCCGGACCAAGCUGCGGCGGCAGUUCAGCCUGGGGUCGGCGGACAAGAAGGACUUUUACCAGCCCAAGUCGGAGAGCAGCCUCGCUAGGUUUGCCCACCGCUUGUCGGUGAAGCAGAAGCAGGAGAAGAGAAGGAAAGCUGAGUAUGGCUCUGCCGAGCUGUCUGCCUUCCGGCCCAGGUCUCUGAGCAUUGAAUGGUCAUCCUCCCCUAAAAUGACGCAGCAGAUGCGGGACCUGCAGCUGGCACAGGCCAGGAAGCCACCAGGCCCUUCCUCACCAAACGCAGCCAAGAGGCUCUACCGAAACCUGUCCGGGAAAUUCCGCGUCAACUACACCUCCUUCGACGAGGGCAGCCUGGCGGGGCGGGGCGAGAAGGAGAAGCUGCGCAAGUCUUACCUGUUCCAGAGCAAUGCCGCCCUCUUUGAGGCCGUGGAGCUGCAGGAUCUUGACAGGGUGCAGGAGAUGCUGAAGCACUACAGCCCUGAGGAGCUGGACCUCAACACCCCCAACAGCGAGGGGCUCCUGCCCCUGGACAUCGCCAUCAUGACCAACAACGCUCCCAUCGCCAGGGCGCUGCUGCAGGCGGGGGCGAAGGAGAGCCCACACUUCGUGAGCCUGGAGAGCCGCUCGCUGCACCUCUGCACGCUGGUGCGGGAGGCGGAGCAGCGCGUCAACGAGCUGACGGCGCAGGUGGUGAACGAGGCGCCCGGCGCUGACUGCUCCGAGAAGGAGAAGCAGCUCAAGGCCUGGGAGUGGCGGUUCCGGCUGUACAAGCGCAUGAAGGCAGGGUUCGAGCACGCCCGAGUGCCAGAUGCCCCCAGCAGCGUCCAGCUCUCUGUGGCCAGCAGCUCCUCAUUGCAGGUGACCUUCUGGGAGCCCCUGAGUGUCAACUCGGCCGUUGUCACCAAGUACAAGGUGGAGUGGAGCUGCUCCCCCAGCUUCUCGCCCCUGCUGGGAGAAGCCGUGAUCGACAAGCUGAAGGAGCUGCACUUCACCAUCCAGGGGCUGGUGUCGGGCACGGCCUACCACGUCCGGGUGUCUGCCUACAACAUGAAGGGCUGGGGUCCCCCGCAAGCCUCCACGCCCCCCUCCGCCAUCCCUUCCAACUGGCGGGAGCUGGACGGCCGGGCGCCGCGGCGCAGGGGACAGGCCGAGGCUCUGGACCACCUGCUGGGCCAGGUGAAGACCGUCCACCAGCACUGCAUUUGCCACGAACCCUGCAAGAACCAGCCCCAGAGCAGAAAGCAUUCGGUCUCCAAGAGCCUGAAGCACCUCUUCCACCCUGGCAGCAAGUUUCUCAAGACUCUGAAGCGGGGCCUCUACCUGACAGCCAUCUUCUACAAGGAUGACAACAUCCUGGUCACCCAUGAAGACCAGAUCCCUGUGGUGGAGAUUGAUGACACCUACUCCUGCCUGCUCAUGCAGGAUUUCCUCUGGCUUACCAAGGUGUCGUGCAUGUGGGAUGAGAUCCUGUGGCUGCGGCAGUGUGUCACCGUGUCCCAGUCCUCCUGCUCCUGCAUCCUGCAGACACGCUUCAAGAUGCUGCUGGCCAUCUCGCAGAUGCAGGGGCUGCUGGGCAUCCAGGACCUGGGGCAGGUCUUCUUCGAGCCCGUCAAAGACAAACAGGGCAACAUCCUCAUCGUCACCCUGAAGGAGGUGAAGACCAACCAGACCUUUGAGAGCGUCCGCUGGGUGCCCAUCUGCAAGCUGCAGAGCAGCCGCAAGUCCGUGUCGUCCCCAGAGGAGCCCACUGCUCUGGACACGCUGCUCGUCUCCGUCCAGGACAAGCUGGCUUACCACCAGCGGAGCAGCCACGCCCUCUCCCCGGGCCUCUACCUGGGCUACUUGAAGCUGUGCAGUGCCGUGGAUCAGAUCCGAGUGCUGGUGCCAGAGCAGCUCCCCAACAUCCUGUGCCACGUCAAGAUCCGCUCCAACCCCAACAUCUCCAGGGAGGAGUGGGAGUGGCUGCAGAAGAUGGCCAGCGUGGAGGAGCCUGUUCCCACAGAGACAGAGGCUGACAGGUCCCAGAACUCCUUUUUUCAGGAACUCCAAGUGGCCAUCAAGGAGCUGAUGACCCUGGUGAACAUCCCGUUGCAGGAGGCCAAAGACUUCCGUCUGUACAGCCAAGAGGUGCUGGACUUUGGGGACCAGGUCUCCUUCCUGCUGCUGCUGCCUCCAUCAGACGACGUCUGCACUGCUCCAGGCCAGAACAACCCCUACACCCCUCGCUCUGGCUUCCUCACACUGCCACUGCAGAUCUUCGAGCUGGUUCACUUCUUCACGUACGACCGGGAGUUCAUCACGCAGUACUGCCAGGUGUCCGCCCUGCUGGAGCUGGAGUCGCUCCUCUCCCAGCAGAGCCUCAGGGAGGCUUUCUCCGAUGCCGAGCUCUCCACUGCCAAGCAGAGGCACCAGCAGGUUCAGGACUACAUCCAGCAAAUGGAGGAGAUCUGGCGAGAGAUGCGCUGGAUCAUGGAUGUCCUGCAGCACGCCCGCUACAAGCAGCCCUCCUGUGGGGUCUCUCUCGGUGGCUUCCUCAGCGAGGCCGGGGGGCCAAUGAAGGAGAAAGCUCGAUCCUCCUCCUCCCACCUUGACUACCUUCCAUCCCCAGUGCCCUCCCCGGAGACCAGCCGCAAGCUCAACUCUGACUCGCACGGGCUGUCGGAUGAGGAAGGCUCCUCGGAGGUGUUCCUGGCCACCGACAGCGACUACGACUCCAGCCGGGCGCAGAGCCCGAAGGAGCUCGACCUGGUGUACUCCUCCUCGGGGCCCGAGUGCUGCGGCCGGAGGGCGGCCCGCAGCCUGCGGGACAGUGCCCCCGAUGUCCUGCAGAGCCACGAGCUCAAGACGCCGCCGCCAGUGCCGCCCCCGCCCGAGGAGCCGCGGCCGCCGCCCGCGCUCUACGACAGCGACUUCGUCCUGCCCAGCCGGCAGAUCGAGCUGCUGCGCAUCACGGAGAAGCGGCAGGCGUACUGCGUCCGCACCAGCAGCCUGGACUUCCCCAAGCCCCACUGUCCCGCCCCGAGAAAGUCCUGCCCCGGCUCUGUGGACAGCUCCCCGGUCGAGAGCAGGACCCCGGGCCACUGCGGCCAGCUCAGGCUCCCCGAGCGCCACCGGGGCGGGCCGGGCUCAGAGCCCGUCUGCCGGACACGCUCAGAUGAGUGGACUCAGAACUCGCCAGAGCAGCGGCCAGAGCAGCCCGGGGGCUUGGCUGACCAAGGGAAGAAGCUGGGCUCUGUCACCUUGAGGGUGUGCCCUCAGUAUGAAACGGGACUCUCCAAAGAGACCAGUGUCAAGCUGCACGUCACCGGCCAGACGCCCGCCAGGGAGGUGGUGAAGCUGGUGGUGCUGGAGAUGAACGGCGUCUCGCGGGACGUGCUGGGCUCGGCCGCCGUCCGCUACGGCGAGGAGCAGCUGCAGCACUUCGGGCUGGUGUUCGCUGCCGGCGGGAGCGAGCGCUGGCUCCCCGAUGACUGCUCGCCCCUGUCCCUGCACAGCAGCCAGCCCCAGGGCCGCUUCUACGUCCGCCUCAAGGAGACGUCCCCGCUGGUGCUCCAGUUCGCGCCAGCCACCACCGUGUGAGGAGCGGAGACCUCGGCGGACGGCUCGUCUCUGACGCUUCCUUCUUCCACAGACGCCCUCUCAUCGGCCGUCCGCGGGGUGGGGUGGCAUCAUGUUGGGUUGUGUGUUAUUUGUU